UAUAAAAGCCACCCCAGGGAGGAGCUGCAGACAUCUUCACCUUCCUCCAGACCAGCCAGCCUCCACCAUGUGUCACACCAGCUGCUCCUCAGGCUGCCAGCCAGCCUGCUGUGUGUCCAGCCCCUGCCAGCCAGCCUGCUGCAGGCCUGCCAUAUGCAUUCCUGUGAGGUACCAGGUGGCCUGCUGUGUGCCUGUGAGCUGCAGGCCCACUGUGUGCAUGGCUCCCUCCUGCCAGUCCUCUGUGUGUGUGCCCGUGAGCUGCCGGCCUGUCUGUGUGAGCUCCUCCUGCCAGUCAUCCGGGUGCUGCCAGCCCUCCUGCCCCACCCUGGUGUGCAGACCUGUCACCUGCAGCACCCCCUCCUGCUGCUGAUCAGUGACCCAAACCAGCUGCCUCCCUGAAGAUGCACACUGUGUCCUGUCCAAUCCCACUCUUGACUGUGGAUUCAACAGGAGGCGGGUGGGAAACUCGCCCACUGCACUCUGGAACUGGAGAGAGCAUGAAGAAGAAUGAACCAGAUCUCCCUGUCCUGCCCUUUUUUGAAGGAUGUCCUGGAUGCAGGGUGCUUCUCUAACCCGUGUGCCAAAUAAAGCAGCAUUUCUAAUCA